AUGCACCACGCGCUGCUCAUCGACGAAAUUCUCCAGCUCAUCUUCGACCAUUGCGUCGCGCUGCCGAAAUCUGAGCCGCGAUGGACACUCUGCCAGCUGGCGCGUUGCUGCAAGGCGUGGAAGGACCCCGCGUUAGACAGGCUAUGGUCCCGCAUAGACGGGAUGGCACCGCUCGUUAGUCUCCUGCAGCGCGGUGAACAGGGAAAGACGGACAAUGCCGCCGUUACACCUGCAUUCCAUGCCUACGCUGCUCGCGUCAAGGAAAUCUCGCAUCCCACGCGCUUCAGCAUACCCGGUGUGGACGAACUCGCGACCGUCAUGCCUCGGCUUGAAGCAGUCACGCUGUCCUUCCACGGAUGCAUGGUGCCCAGGGCGUGGAUCCUCUCGGAUCGCCUCCGACGCAUCGCAGUGAACAUUGGCCCUGCGCGCGACCCGCAGACGGUGAUCGACAGAAGCAACGCCGCUGCAAGCUAUCUGGAGCAAGCCACCCUACGCGCGCCCGACCUGCAGACCCUACAUAUCCGCGGGCGGAUGACCGAGUCGCUGAACCGCGCGGUCACGGGGCUCACGCAACUUCGGAGCCUCACGAUAUACGCCAACUGCUUCCUGACGUGCGAUACGCUCGCGGCGGUCGCGACUUUCCCCCGCCUGCGGUCGCUGGCCAUCCAUGCGAGUGGGAUCUCACAUGAAGACUUCUCUGACGCGCUUUCUCGGUCGGGCGCGCCCUGCUUCCCCGCGCUGGAGGAGCUGGAGAUCCGCGCGAGCGGCGCGCUGCUCGCGACCGUCAUGGAGCACCUGCCCACUCGGGUCCUCACGAAGCUCCGCGCGGAGGUGGACCGCUCUCCCCGCGGCCCGGGUUACCUCAAGGGUGUCUUCGAGAUGCUCGCGCAGAAGACAUCGGAGAGCAUGGCGGAGCUCCUUAUCGAGGACCUGACGGAAUUCGAGGAUCUCGACACCUCCCUCCGUCCGCACGUGUCACCAGAGUGGUACCCGCUCUCCCUGUUGACGCCCCUCGCCGCGCUCAAGGGCCUGCGGCGCUUCGCGGUCGUGUCGAUGCUCGCCCCGGCACUGACCGAUGGCGACCUGGAACGGAUGGGCAAGUGGUGGCCCGCCCUGCAGCACCUCAACCUCGGCACAUUCGACCUCGAUUACCUUCCACCCGACUGGCCGGUCCAGAUGACCCCCGCGGCGCUUCUCUCUGUGGCGAAGUUUCUCCCUCACUUGGAGAGCCUUGCGCUGCCUAUCCUCCCCAUCGACCUGGUGGCCGCCGCUGGCAUGCCUCCUGCACCCGAUGCCGUCGUUCUGCAACAGAAGGCGCUGCGUUCCAUGACGAUUGGCGACGUACCCGACGCCGCGGCCUGUGCGCCUGCCCUCGUCAAGGCCCUCCUGGCGACCUUCCCUUCCUUGAACACUCUAGACUGUCCUGCACACGAAGUCACGGAGCGGUUCUCUGCUGUUCAGCUAUCCUAGAUGUAGAUCACAUACUAGACUAGAGUCUAGACUU